UAGCUGCAGUGAAAAAAUCUGGACCGGAAGUGACGUUGAAAAGAGCGAGUGUUGACAAACCUAGCUAGCUUGAAGAAGGUGGCGGCACGCUUCUUACAUGCUCGUUUAGUAAAAGCCGUUUUUCAUAAUGACUUCUCCCGAGGACAAACACGGUAACAAACGACCGGCAUCCCCGUCUCAAGACAGCCAGUGGUCUUCUGUAGACCUGGGAAGUGAUGAAAGGAAACAAAAGUUUUUACGGCUCAUGGGUGCAAGCAAGAAAGAGCACACUGGCCGUCUUGUCAUCGGUGAUCACAAGUCGACGUCACAUUUUCGAACUGGUCAGGAAGACAGGAAGAUGAACAAGGACCUGGAGAUGCAGUUCCAGCAGGGCAUGGAGGGCAGGGUGACGGGCCGGGACCGGAGACACUGCGGUCUGGGCUUCAGUGAGCCUGAAGCUCAGUCAGAAACUACCACCGCUCCAGCAGUAGACGGUCAGGUGGGAGAGGUGACGUCACUUAAGUCCAGUAGUGAAGAGACGCCCAAAGAAACCCAGGACAAAGAAUCUGAUCCAACCCAGAAAGAGAAAUCCCCAGAACACGGCCUGGCCGACUCAGAAUCUGCAGCUGAAGAACGGAAACACGACUUCAAAAUGACCUUUGUGAAAUCAACGUAGGACCGAGAGCUGAUUAGGAUUUUUUAUUCUCAGAUGUGGACAGCUUGUUUGGUGAAUUGCCCUUUUUUCCAUAAAGUUUUUGUGUAAAUUAGGAUCCUCAUCCAGGGAUGCUUCAUUUCUGUGUGCAUGUCUUGAAUGAGUCGAGCCUCCAUCUAAAACGUUGUAUUUUAGCUGUGAGGUUUGGAAAGCUGUUUUAGUUUUAAGUGUCAAUAUUUGCCCUGCAGGGGGGUGGAGAAAGGGGGAGAGCGUCCCCUUCAGCAUGAGUAGUGAAUGACGUCAAUUAUUUUUUAUUUUUUUUAAAGAAUAAAAAAGG